AUGGACGAGCCACGGCUGAUUGUCAUCAGGGAACCUGCUGACCCCAACGCACCUCCCCCUCCAGGGCCUCUUGUUGUGUUUGUUGCUCGCGGCGCUCCGGCUCCUACAAUCUCCAGUCUGGGCCAGCAGAAGUACUGGCUCGAACCCGCCAUGAAGGAAGUCCAAGAAGCAUUUGAGCGCAUGUACGGCAGGGUGGGAACUCGGCCCUACCACUGCUGCCCAUUGAUACACAAAUACUCCACCCCCCUGGAUCCAACGAGCGAUUCGUUCCGGUCUAUGACCGAUAUGCUCAAUUGGGGUCGAGGACUCGGUAGCGAUAUCAUUCUUGUCCUCGCCCAUUGGGACUCCAUUACCACUCAUGGCCCGACAUUUGCCAAUAUUUUCAAGGACUUCAAAGAUGUCAAGGUCACCAUUCGCGUCUUCGGCGUGGUUUCGGCUACCAGCAUGCGCAGGUUCUAUGAAUUCGACGCCCACCGAGUCAGUGACCAUUUCCAGGGCUUGAUCAAACUCGAGAAUGAGCCUGUUAUCGACGAAUCGCUGUGUUUUGUGAACAAACUCAAGGAUAUCUAUGAAGUCAGGCUUAGCGUGGAGAACUCAAUCGGUAUGAUGGCACGAAUGACAGGCCAGCCAGAGGCAGAGUUGAGCGAAAAUGUACUGUGGGCACUUUGA